AUGUCGAAAUCAAAGGCAAGAUACACGGUUCCAGCGGGUUGGAUUGUGGCGGUGUCGCCUUCAUUGAUUCAUUUUGAUGAAGAAAUAUACGAAAACCCUUUGAAGUUUAAUCCUUGGAGAUGGAAGGGGAAAGAAAUGAUUUGGGGAUCGAAAACGUUCAUGGUAUUUGGUGGUGGAGUGAGACUCUGUGCAGGAGCAGAGUUUGCAAGGCUUCAAAUCGCAAUGUUCCUUCACCAUCUUUUCGCAUAUUACGAUUUCUCGGUGGUCCAAGAAUGUGAGUUGAUUAGGGCACCAUUCCUUCAUUUCACCAAGGAACUGCUUAUACACAUCUCUCCAAGUCUCCCAAGUGAACCAUAA